CGCUCGCGCUCGCGCGCACGGAUCUGAAGAUCGACGCACGCGCGCGCGCGCGAGCACCCGAACGAUUGUUUGAUUUUCGCGCGACUCAGCGCAUGGGCGGUUGGCACGGCGCGGAGACGCACGGCGGCGGCGGGUUUCGAGAGACGCGAGGGGAGACGCAUCAACCCACGGCGAUGCAAGUGGAGUAUCGCGAACAUCGAGAGACGCAUCACCGCGAAGAAGGCUCGCGGGAACGGACGGCGCCGCGAGAACGAGAGCCGGCGGCUUUUCCCACAAAGCCGCCGUACGUCGCGUUCGUCGGAAACUUUCCGUUUGAGGCGACGCAGGAUGAGGUGUUGAAGGCGUGCGGGGCGACGCCAGAGGCAGUAAACGUCCGCGCGAUGACGGAUAGGAGUCAGACGAAAGUUCGAGGGUACUUUGUGGAGUUUCCAGACGCGGACAGUCUUCGCGAAGCGUUGAAGGCAGACGGCUUCGUCAUGGGCGAACGCCCGUUGCGCGUCAACGUCGCGGAUGAGCGGAAGUCGAUGGACAGAGGACGAAGAAGUUCUACCGAUCGCGGGCAACGUCGAAACUCGCAUCGCGAGGAUCAGUGGACGUCUGUGGGCAACGCCGCGCCGGUGCCGAAAAUCGUCGAGCCGGCCGCGGAGCGUCCCAAAUUGGUGCUCAAACCGCGAAGCAUCGAGAGGGACUCCGGAGAGCCUCCGAUCGCCGUCGGUUCUGCGUCUAUAUUCGGUGGCGCUAAACCAGUGGACACGAGCAAAAUUCUCGCCGAGGUUGAGAAGAAGAUUGACGCCGAGUUGCACCGCGAACCGGCAAAGCUUCCGACGCCGAAGCACGAGAAAAAAGUGCACACUCCCGUGCUCAAGAUUCAAGAAGAAGUCGUGACGCGCGUGGAGAACACUAACGUCUUCUCUCUUUUGUCCAUCGAGGAUGACGAAUGAUGUAACGUAUGUCGAUUUUCCACGGAUUUGUAACAUUUCAACAAGGCAAACAACGCAGCUUCUGUCUAUGGCACUAUGGCACAAUGGCGUUACCAACUCGAUCGUACGCCGGCUCUUCGAUUUCUUUGCGCGAAAAGUACGAUUGACGUGGCAUACACCCUCGCGACUUCUUCAAAAAUUCGACAACGUCUU